AUGUUCAUCAGGUAUAUUGGCCUGGAGAUCUCUUACUUAUUGUCAUCUUUAUCUGGAUUUGGUAUCAGGCUGCUCUAUGCUUCAGGCCAGUCAUCUGCAGAGAGUCCUUGCAUGCAGUGGGUUAAGGCCAAGAUGUUCCACUUACAAGGCCCACAAGUGCUGCAGAUGCUAGAGAAAUCCUUGAGGAAGAGCCUCCCAGAGUCCUUAAAGGUUUAUGGGACUGUCUUCCACAUGAACCAGGGAGACCCAUUCAAGCUGAAGGCCCUGGUGGACAAGUGGCCUGAUUUUACAACAGUGGUUAUCUGCCCUCAGGAGGAGGAAAUGACAGAUGAUUUUGAUCACUACACCAACACCUACCAAGUUUAUUCUAAGAACCCCCAAAACUGUCAAGAAUUCCUUGGUGCAUCAGGUAUCAUCAACUGGAAACAACAUUUGCAAAUCCAAAGUUCGCAGUCCAGCCUGAACGAAGUGAUACAAAAUCUUGCAGCUGCUAAAUUGGUCAACAUCAAGCAAAAACAAGGCAUUAUGUAUAUGUUGCCCGAGACAGCAAGUCACCUCCCCAACACUUCUCCACCUCUGCAGCAGCCUUCAGACUUCAAUGUUCUCAACCAAGAGAUGUUUAAACUCUCCUCCAUGGAUGUUACUCAUGCUGCCUUGGUGAAUAAAUUCUGGCAUUUCGGUGGCAAUGACAGGAGCCAGAGAUUCAUCGAGCGCUGUAUCCAGAACUUCCCCACCUUCUGCCUGCUGGGGCCCCAGGGGACCCCUGUGUCUUGGAGCCUGAUGGACCAGACAGACGAGAUACGGAUGGGGGGUACUCUGCCUGAGUACCGGAACAAGGGUCUCAUCUCCUAUCUCAUGGAUGUUCACAUCCAUGCUCUGGACAAACUUGACUACCCUACCUAUUACCAUACAUUUGUAACCAACAAAAUCAUACAGAAAAUGAGUCACAGUCUGAAUCAUAUCACCUUGCCCUGUGACUGGAACCAGUGGCACUGUGUGCCCCUGUGA